UGUUUAUUGACGCCAAAGACGCCAUUGUUAAUAGUAAGAUUUACAAAAUAAAAUUUUCACGUGCUUAGUACGUGAAUAAUACUUAUUUUUACAAAUAAAUAAAUCAUGGCUGAUAACGACGACCUUCUCGAUUAUGAAGAUGAAGAACAGGCGGAUCAGCAGACCACUGAGGGAGCAACAGAGGCGGCCCAAACAAAGAAAGAGGUUAAGGGAUCGUAUGUAUCUAUCCACAGUUCCGGUUUUAGAGAUUUCUUGUUAAAACCUGAGAUUUUACGCGCCAUCGUCGACUGUGGUUUCGAGCACCCUUCAGAAGUACAACAUGAGUGUAUUCCGCAGGCCGUUUUGGGCAUGGAUAUUCUGUGCCAAGCGAAAUCCGGUAUGGGUAAAACUGCAGUGUUUGUUUUGGCGACCUUGCAGCAACUGGAGUCGAUUGAAGAUCUUGUGUAUGUGCUAGUUAUGUGCCACACAAGGGAGCUCGCUUUUCAAAUCAGCAAGGAAUACGAGAGAUUCUCCAAAUACAUGCCGGGUGUGAAGGUAUCGGUGUUUUUUGGCGGGAUGCCCAUACAGAAGGACGAGGAGGUACUCAAAACAGCGUGCCCUCAUAUCGUUGUUGGCACUCCUGGCCGCAUCCUCGCCUUAGUGAAUAGUAAGAAACUGAAUCUAAAACACUUGAAACACUUCAUACUUGAUGAGUGUGAUAAAAUGCUCGAAUCUCUGGACAUGAGACGAGAUGUGCAGGAAAUAUUCAGAAAUACACCCCAUGGGAAACAAGUUAUGAUGUUUUCGGCAACAUUGAGUAAAGAAAUUCGUCCAGUAUGUAAAAAAUUCAUGCAAGACCCCAUGGAGGUGUAUGUGGAUGAUGAAGCCAAACUGACGCUGCAUGGAUUGCAGCAGCACUAUGUUAAACUUAAGGAGAAUGAGAAGAACAAGAAGCUGUUUGAGCUUUUGGAUGUGUUAGAAUUUAAUCAAGUAGUUAUAUUUGUGAAGUCCGUACAGCGCUGUAUAGCCUUGGCGCAGCUGCUGACAGACCAGAACUUCCCGGCGAUCGGCAUCCACCGCAGCAUGACUCAAGAUGAGCGUCUCUCCCGGUACCAGCAGUUCAAAGACUUCCAAAAGAGGAUACUCGUGGCCACUAAUCUGUUUGGACGAGGGAUGGAUAUAGAAAGAGUCAACAUUGUGUUCAAUUACGACAUGCCUGAAGACUCUGACACAUAUUUGCACAGAGUAGCUCGAGCAGGAAGAUUUGGAACCAAAGGGCUUGCGAUUACAAUGGUAUCUGAUGAAGGCGAUGCCAAGAUCCUGAACGAGGUACAGGACCGUUUUGACGUCAACAUCACGGAGCUGCCUGAAGAAAUUGAAUUGUCUACUUACAUAGAAGGACGAUAGGAGAGAGAUUUAGUUUGUCAUUCCUUUUUAACUACAUGGUCCCAUCAGCUGUGGUAAAGUUAAAAUGUCAUUUAUAACUGUAUGUUCAAUGAGUGUUUAGUAAAUCUAAGGUUUUGUUAAUUUCCACAGUACUAAGUGACCGUAAUAUGUUCAUGUAAUUAUAGGUUUUCGUUUUCAUAACACUACAGUCUCUAAUUAAAGUGACAUUACAUAUUAUAUUGUA